AUGUCGGAAGUCAAAGGAAAGGACACCAUCGAAAGCGUCACCACGGCGCUUGACGGCGAUAGCUUGGACGAGAAGCGUGCUCGCAGUCCACGGGACGUUCCCUUCGGUCAUAUAGUGACUGCUAAACAUGCUGAAGUAGCACUCAAUCUUACCGAAGCAGACUUUCUGUCAGCACAGAAGGAGGCUGAAAAGCUAUCGCUGCAAGAUGUUAAAGAGAUCUUACGCCAUGGUUAUGACCUUCACGAAUUUGACCCGAAUUUCCCUUCGAAGGUUCUUGGAAAAAUAAAAGUGUUUCUCGAAGAUAAUCAGAUUUUAGAAACGCCCGAGAAGCACGCCGAGCUAAUCGAGGAGAUGCGCCUGGAGGCCGCCAUUCUGACUUCCAGCAGUCCGUACGCCGAAGUGCGGGCUGUAGUGCACAACGGAGACGAUGUUAACAUCCCGUGCUCGACGAUUAGAUCUUGGAUCAUCGGCUUGAUCUUCGUCGUGGUUGUGGCCUUCAUGAACCAGCUCUUCUCGGUCCGACAGCCCUCUAUAUCUGUUGGUCCUGAAGUCGUUCAGCUGUUGUGUUAUCCUGUCGGAAAGGCGUUUGAGAAAUUUCUUCCCGACAUUGGAGUGACGCUCUUUGGCGUCAGGCACAGCUUGAACCCAGAUGAAUUCUCCCGAAAGGAACACAUGUUGAUUACGAUUAUGGCCACCGGCGGAUCUGUACUCCCUUCAUCCCGGUAUAUCAUCUUCACGCAAUUUCUGAAGAAGUAUUUCAACCAACCCUAUUCUGGCUCCUUCGGAUACCAAAUACUUCUUGCGCUGUCAACGGAUUUGAUGGGAUACGGCCUGGCUGGCAUCAUGAGGAAGAUUCUGGUCUACCCUUCAUACUGUCUCUACCCGAAGUCCCUUGUGACAAUCGCGCUGAAUAAUUCACUGCACCGAGACAAGAACACCCCAGUGCAAGGACCUGCUCAGAAAACGUGGACCAUAUCGCGUUUGCGCUUUUUCAUGUGGGCGUUUGUAUCGAUGUUCAUCUAUUUCUGGUUCCCCAACUACAUCUUCACAGCGCUGAGUGCUUUCAACUGGAUAGCAUGGAUCGCUCCCAACAACAUUGACUUGUCUGCUAUCACCGGCUUUUCGAAGGGAGCUGGCAUCAAUCCACUGCCAACAUUCGACUGGAACAUCAUUUCCUCCAAGGGCGACCCUCUGGUCAUUCCUUAUCGAGCGGUCGUUAACAAGUUCUUUGGCGUUCUGGUUGGUGCUUUCAUGGUCAUUGGGAUGUGGUAUACGAACGCAUUCCACACGUCGUACCUCCCGAUCAACACCUCAACGCUAUACACCAACAACGCAACAACUUACAAUGUAUCAAAGAUCCUGGAUUCACGCGGUUGGCUUGACGAGGCGAAAUACCAGGCCUACUCACCGGCGUUCAUGUCGUCCGCGAGCUUGACCAUGUACUACUGGUUCUUUGCGCUGUAUGCUGCGACGAUCACCCAUACCUACGUGUACCAUCGGAACGAGAUUGUGCAAGGGUUUAAGAACUUGUUCAGACGUCUCAAGAGCUCGAGCCUCACGGAUGAUGUCCACAAUAAGUUGAUGAAAAAGUAUCCUGAAGUGUCUGAGUGGUGGUACCUCGGCCUCAAUCUUAUUGCCAUAGCGCUCGGUAUUGCUGUCAUUACUGGUUGGCAGACUUGUACAACAGUCGGCGUCAUCUUCUUCGGAAUCCUGCUGUCCUUCGUCUAUAUCAUUCCGGCCGGAGUAAUCUAUGCUACAACCGGUAUCGAUGUCGAACUGAACGUGAUAGCAGAGUUCAUCGGUGGAGCAAUCCAGCCAGGCAAUGCUUUGGCCAUGAACUUCUUCAAAUGUUAUGGAUACGUCACGACGGCACAUGCACUGAAUUUCGUCAAUGAUCUCAAGCUGGCUCAUUACACCAAGAUUCCUCCCCGUCAUGUCUUCUGGGCGCAAGUCGUUGCCACUGUCAUCUCGGCGCUGGUUUGCACGGGCACGAUGAACUUCCAGCUCAAUAAAGUCGAAGACAUCUGCGAGAGCACCCAAGCUGCGAGAUUUACUUGUCCUGGCGUCAACGUCUACUUCUCUGCCGCCGUGCAAUUCGGCAGCAUGGGCGCGAAAAAGGUGUUUGGCUCUGGCGGCCAGUACACGAUCCUGCUGUCUGCAUUCCCCAUCGGUCUUAGUAUUCCGUUGAUUCUCUACCUCGCUCAAAGGAAGCUACCAAAAGAGCACUGGGCCAGAAAGAUCCACCCGGUGGCAUUCCUGAGCGGUGGAUUAGUCUGGACACCACCAUACAAUGUGUCCUACAUCUGGCCAGCAAUACCUUUCGGAUACCUCUCCAUGGUCUAUCUCAAGCGCAGGUACCUCGCCUUCUGGUCCAAGUACAACUACGUCCUGUCAGCUGCCUGGGCGAUUGCAAUCGCCAUAUCCGCCUUGGUGAUGUACUUUGCUUUGGAGUACUCUGGCAUCGAGCUGAAUUGGUGGGGCAACGGCGCCAACAGUGGCUGCGAGUCGAAGGCUUGCGUGAGGAUGAAGCUGCCAAAGGGAGAGUAUUUUGGGCCGAGAAUUGGCGAGUUUGCCUAA